AUGAAGCUUCUUCGCCCUGUCUUAUGGGCAUUUACGAGCGCAUUUGUGGCCAAUGCGCACAGUCUCCCAUCACCGCAACAUACUUGUGUAAUUCCUGCCUCGAAGGAUGGACGUGACGAUGCUCCUGCGAUCCGCGAGGCGUUUAGCAAAUGUGGAAAUAACGGAAAGGUUGUCUUUCAAAAGGACACCACGUACAGUAUUCAGACGGCUCUUCAAUUGCACAACUUGAAGAACGUCCAAGUUGACCUGUUUGGAACACUUGAGUAUUCAACGGAUGUGCGGUAUUGGAUUCUGCAUGGAUCGUAUUACUACUUCCAAAAUAUUUCCAUUGCAAUGGAAUUUUCAGGCGAAUACAUCACGAUUGAUGGGCAUGGAUCCGGUACGAUUGACGGACAAGGACAAGUGUGGAAUUUUGUGAUGUUGGAAUCUCAAAACAUUCUUGUGGACAAUAUCACACUAUCAUCCACUUCGGACGAUUUUCAGGCAAAUCCAGGUAAUCUCGGCAACACGGAUGGCUUCGACACCAUCAACAGUAACAACAUUACUAUCCAGAAUAGCUGGGCAAAUGUUGGAGACGAUUGUGUUAGCUUUAAACCCGGCUCGACAAACAUUCAUGUCAAGAAUUUGACAUGCUACAACAGCGCAGGCAUCGCAAUCGGCAGUCUUGGACAUUAUACGGAAGUCGCAAUGGCGCUUACAUCAAAACUUACGUUGGCAAGCGAACAUAUUGGCCUCCGCAAGGUGGCGGCGGCGGCAAUGGCUAUGUCCGCAAUGUCGUUUUCAAGAACUUUCACAUCGAAAACAUUACCGCUUCGCCCGUUCUAA